UUCAGGAACGUGGGAAAACGAACAACUCGACCGCCCGGCCCGGCCCGGCCCGGCCCACGCUUUUACCGUUUCAAAUUGGGACCCAAGUCACGACAAGAACAGGCGACCGCAGUUGACGUAUUUGAGGUUUGGGCUUGAAAUGGCGAGCGGAUUAGGCCUCGGCUCCUCUCGCGAGUAGUUUGCAGCUCCUCCCGUAUUAAAGGACUUAUCGACGGAAGAUAAAUAUGAAGUCAAAGUAAAACAAGGAUUGAUACUAUUGAUACUGAUACUUUUCAUAAGAGUCGGUCGUUCUAGCACUCGAUCGGUCAAAAAUUGACGUCACGACGACGGGUGUCUGACAGUUUCUGAACAGCAGGGGACGCCCGCUCCCGCAGCUCCGCUGGAACGGAGCGGAAGUGCGGCUGGGCUCGGCCGACGGCGCGUGUCACGUGAUCUGCCGCCAGUCCUCUUUCCAGCCGUCUUUGCUGUCAGUCGCUCGUUUUUUGGGGCAAUCUCGACCGGUCGGCGAUGGCGGGUCGCGGCAAACUGAUCGCAGUGAUCGGCGACGAAGACACUUGCACCGGCUUCUUGCUCGGCGGCAUCGGCGAGCUCAACAAGAACCGCAAACCCAAUUUCUUGGUCGUGGAGAAGGACACGAGCAUCACGGAGAUCGAGGAGACCUUCAAGAGCUUUCUGUCCCGCAACGACAUCGGCAUCAUCCUCAUUAACCAGUUCAUCGCCGAGAUGAUCCGCCACGCCAUCGACGCGCACGUGCAGUCCAUCCCGGCCGUACUGGAGAUCCCGUCCAAGGAACAUCCCUACGACGCGUCUAAGGAUUCCAUUCUGCGGCGCGCCAAGGGCAUGUUUUCGGCCGACGACUUCCGAUAGAAACGACCAAAGUUUUUUUGUCUUUGCGGCGGCGGGACCGGAGGUGCGAGCUUCCCGCCGUGUCCAAAUAUGUUGUCUUUUAACUUAUAAAGUCCUAUCGAACGCU